UGAAGCCGGGAGGACAAAGGGAGGGAGCCGGGGAGCUGGGUGGAGGCGCCAGAGGCGAUGGGAGACACCGAGAGGUGUAGUGCCUGAUUCCAGUGAAACCCACCCGGAAGUAGAACAUCUCCUGUAAUUCCUAAAAGGAACCAGAAAAGGAAGGACAGCCAUGGCUCCCAAAGCAGCGAAAGGGAAAGCCCCUCCGAAAGGUAAACCCGGACCAAAAGAUAAGCCCCCCGAAGCCGGAGGAGGAGAAGGAGGAGGAGGAGUAGAAGGAGAGGAAGAAGAGUAUUUUGACAUCCAGGACAUCAACCCUUUAAAAAAUGUGCCUGUCAAGAAAAUUUACAUCGGUCUGGCAGUCAUUUCAUUGCUUGCCAUUAUUGCCAUGGCUGCAGCCAUCCAUAUCUACCAGACCUUGAAGGCAAUAGAUAAGCUCCCCAUUGAAGACCCGAUGAAAAAGCUCAGGCGCACAAUGGCCAUCGGACUCAGAAAUCCUAACAUCAACUACCAAAGCCACACCAAGAUGGCAAAAGAGGUAAUACGGCUCCCUGAGCACUUAGAAGCUUCUGAGAAACUGCUGAAAGAAGAGAAGAAGAUAUAUCAAAACCUCUUCACCAAAUCUCCAAAAUCUUUUGGGGGCUGGACUAUUUACGAUAGAGCACUCUACUAUUUUUCGAAAGAUCAGAAGACCUGGUACGAUGCUGAGAACUUCUGCAUGUCCAGAGAUGCUCAUUUGGCAUCGAUCCUAAAUGAUGAAGAACAGAACUAUCUAACCGUGCAGUUAGCAGAGCCUUUCUGGAUUGGCCUUUCGGAUGAAAACGUAGAAGGUGACUGGAAAUGGACGGACGGGUCCAGCCUGGUGACUGAGUUCUGGUCUGCCUCAAAUCUCAGCCUCCCAGAGAGCCGUGAUGCCCAGGAGGAAGACUGCGCGUUCAUAAAUCCUUCGUCCAGGGGUCGUAAUUGGAACAAAGCUGACUGCCAUACCCCUAAAAGAUGGGUUUGUAAGGAGUCUGUAGACAUUGAACGAGCCUGAAACUGGCCACGGGUAGAGCAAUUACCCGGAAGGAAGACGGGCUCUUGUUCAUUCCAAAGCCAAACGCCACUGGAAAUCUCUCAGUCACAGAAUGAAUGUGGGUAAAUCUCUCUC